AUGAGUUUUAUAUUGGAAACGCUACAACGGAAAAUCAUUUCAUUUAUUAUAGAACCGCUCAAUAGGAAUACCAACUCUGAAGUACCGAUCACUACUGCUAUCAUUCUCGUAUCCACCGCAUUUUUUUUCAUUAAGUAUAAGAGCUUUAUUAUGAAUAACUUGUCACAUAUUGGAGAUAUGACCAGGAACUUUAACCCAACAAAUGGGUUCCGUCGUUGGAUGCCUAGAGGUGGACAGGUAGAUCAGCAUACACUCGAUAAAGGCGGGUAUGUUGCCGGUCUCGUCAACGAUGGCAACACCUGCUUUAUGAACUCUGUGAUUCAGUCGCUAGCAUCGUCUGCAGAGUUGAUGAAGUUUCUAGACGAUGAGAUUGCUAAAAAAGAGGAAAUAGAUGAAACUGAGCUUUUACAGGAUGAAGAGAAACCCACUUCGGUCGAACCAGACACAAUAGAGAGGAAGGUCAAGGGCAAAUCGUAUGGCAAGGCCAAGAAACAUGCUAAUCGUAAGCUGGCAAACGGAGUAUCCGAUGAGGAAAAAACACCCGAUGUGACUUUUAGUCUAGCCCUAAGAGAGAUGCUCAACAAACUGAAUACCAAAUAUUACAAGGAAAGGCCGUGUUUCAAGACUAACAAGCUACUGAAAUCAAUGACAAAAUCUCCAAAUAAGAACAUAAUCUUGGGGUACGACCAAGAAGAUGCCCAAGAAUUCUUCCAGACUAUAUUAUCCGAACUCGAGAAAAAUGUCAAGUCUCUGGAGGGAAAGCCAUCGGAGGCUACCCCAAUCCCUAACGCUGAACUACCAAAAAACGCUGUUAUAGGUCAGGCGCAUCUCGAUAAAGUUGGGGAUGUAUACUUGCCUUCGGACCAAAUCGAUCCAAAUCUUGUGUUGACUAACGAGGGGAAACAACUUUACACACCCUUCAGAUUGGUCACACCUUUAGACGGUAUUACUGCAGAGAGAAUAGGCUGCUUACAAUGUGGUGAGAAUGGUGGGAUAAGGUACUCCGUCACAUCAAGUAUGAGUUUAAAUUUACCAUCGGAAGACAUUGGAUCGACUCUCAAGCUUUCUGAUCUUUUAAACCAAUGGAUAAAGCCCGAGAUCAUUGAAGGAGUCUCAUGUAAUCGUUGUGCCUUGGAAGCAGUACGUGAUCAUUUGCUGGAACAACUAAAACAGUAUGAAAACAAGGGCGAUUCAAUCCCUGAGAAAUUGCUCCAGGCAUUCAAGGCCAGGGUUGAAGAGUUAAACGUAAGUCUAUCGAAGCCGAUGGUAAGUGAUGAGGAUUACAAGAGGUUACAUACGGAGAAUAUGACGCGCAAAUGUUCCAAGUCAAAGCAAAUCCUGUUCUUGAGGCCUCCGCCAUUACUGUCAAUUCAUAUCAACCGAUCUGUAUUCGAUCCCAGGACAUACAUGAUCAGAAAGAACAAUUCAAGAGUACUCUUCAAAUCUAGAUUGAACCUAUCACCAUGGUGUUGCGAUGUCGAUGAGAUCAAUUUAGAUGCGCGAUUACCGAUGUCAAAGAAACAAGAACAAGUACAGGAAUCUAGUGAAGAUGAGAACCUUGGCGGCGAAUACUAUGCCAAAUUGCAUCAGACUUAUGAGAAGGAAUUUGAGGAUAGCGACGAGGAAGUCGAGCAAGACGGUGACCGUUAUGUCAACAGAGAUGUAAGUGAAUACGACCCACUAAAUGGUGAAAUAGACAGCGUCUCGUCGUACUCGGACAAUGAAGAUGCUCACCACAGUAGCGAGGAAUUUUUAGAAGAGGUUGAUGCUUUGGGGAAUACUGUUACCAAGAAGGUUGCCAAACUACAGAGCCAUUUCGGUGAUGAAGACGGAGUAGAAGUGGAAAUUAAAGAAAAUGGAGCAGAGGAACUAUCUUCUUCAGAAAGCGAAGGCGAGCAAGAGGAUGGGAUUAUGCCCCCUCCAGUGAACACUGCACCAAUACCAUCGACAGUGCCGGCGGGACCUCUAACUUACGUUCUACGUUCUGUUAUUGUGCAUUACGGUACUCACAACUAUGGCCAUUACAUUGCAUUUAGAAAAUAUAGGGGCUGCUGGUGGAGAAUCUCUGACGAGACAGUUUAUGUGGUCGAAGAAGCUGAAGUGUUAUCAACCUCUGGGGUCUUUAUGUUAUUUUAUGAGUAUGACUACGAUGAAGCCACAGGUAAGAUGCGAGAAGACCUAGAAAGCGAUCUUGAGGAUGAAAACCAAGAAGAAGACGAGAAACUGGAUGGUGAGAUAGAAUGA